AUGUGAAAAUAUAAGCGUUUGAAAGGCGGUUUAUCCAUUUUCAAGGUCACGUCUCCAGUGAAGAAAUUCGCAUGAUGUACUGUCGUGUGCGAGAGUUUCAAUGCUAUGUAAAGCUGGAUACUUCUUGAGGUUAAUUUGUUGUGCUGUCAAAUCAGAAUUAUAAUCAAUAUUUCAAAGGGUAAAGAAUUCAGCAAUUAUCUUUUUACGCACAUAAACGGGGGGACUGACGACUUUCUCGCCUGCUAAUGACUGCUUACCCUACUGUAUUGAAGUCUGAUUUACAGCUUCCUACUGCUGGAUUCAUGGUCCAUGUUGUUCAGCUAGAAUUUUCUGACCAUUUAGUGAUCCUUAUUUCACGUAAUGGCAGGAUUGGUGAUAUUGUUUUGUCACAAAAAAAUACUCUACCAUCUAUUAAUGAUCGUACUUCUCAAGACAUUGAUGCUCGUACUAUUUUCGGUCCUGAAAAGGUGAAUUCUUGCCUGAUCACCCAAUAUAUCACAAAAUCGUUGAACACGUCAAAGACUAUUCUUGUUAGUACAGAUUUUAAAGAGGAUAUUUGCUUUAGUGAUACUCAAAUAAUUUGUGAUUGUUUAAAAAAUAUACAAACGGCAUAAAAAAACUUAAAGUCGA